AGUAGUACAGUAUCCAUCAUAAAAUCAUUUUGUAAAGGAUUCCAGGCACAGAAAGAAGAAAAUUGGGGUCUACCAGUUCUUCAACAAGUUGUUCUUGAUUUAAGAAGAAUUGCUUUAAAAGCGGAGUCUGUUGCUAAGGAGCGAGUUGGUGUUGUCAAGGGAAAGAAGGAAGGUGAGAUAUUGGAAAGAGCUGCUGAACAAAUCAUGAGCUGUUUUCGUGUCUGUGUCUCUGACAGUCGUACUUCACUUGAUAAUACUAAGAGAUGGGGUACUCUUGGAAUCGUUAAUCAAUUAUUUAAAAUUUAUUUUAAGCUCAAUAAGCUCCCAUUGUGUAAGCCUCUAAUAAGAGCAAUAGAUAGUUCUGAUAUCAGAGAUGAGUUCAGUAUCAGUCACAGGGUAACAUACAAAUAUUUUGUUGGGAGGAAGGCAAUGUUUGAUAGUGAAUAUAGA